CCUCAGGGCUGAAAGCUCGGGGCUGGUUAUGGGAUGUUCUUCCUAGGACGUGUACCAACGGCUUUCUUAGUCCCCCACGACUCUUUUCCUAGAAAAGACGAUUCACUGGACUGGCGAAAGGACUCCCGCUGGUGAUGAGCCAAGCCCACCCUGAAGACCAUGAACGCGUCCUCAGAGCACUGCAACAUAUCAGACUGGCUGAGGCUGGAGGCCACAGCGAAGGUCUCCGUGUACGUGAUUGCUUGCUCCUUUGCCACACUCAUCACCGUCGCCGUGAUCGCAGUCGUGUCCCGGGAUGUGCGCCUGAGGAAAGAGAGCCGGCACAUCCUCCUUUGCCACCAUCUGCUGUGCAUCUCCUCCUACUGCGGCCUGGGGGUUGUUUUCCAAGGAAUGAGGGCCUCGCUGGCCAACAGCCCCCUGCUGCUGUGCUGGCUGGUGUUUGGGGUCCAGCUCAGCGUCGGGGAAGGGAUUCUCCUCACUCUGGCCUUGAUGGCUGUCAACAGUUACCUCACCAUUUGCUGGCCUCUUAAAUCUCCAUCCUUUGUAGACUCAGCUAAGUAUAAGAUUCUGGCUGGGGCCUGGGCCACCGUUAUACUCAAGAAUGUUUGCUUAUUCCUCGUAGAGGGAGCUGACCCCACACCAGCUGCCAUUCUUGGAUCUGUGCCCCUUUGCCCUGUGAUCUUAAAUGGCAUGGCCGCCAGAGUCACUGGCAUACUUUCUCUUUCCCUUCUUUUAUCUGUUAUUCUUGUAAGUUACUGUCUGAUAUACCGAGAAGGAAAGCGGGCUGGCCAUUUUAAUAGGUCAAACAUCAAAGCAAGGAGAACCGUCCUCAUCCACCUAGUGCAGAUAAGUCUACAUGUGAUGCCAACCCUCAUAUUCAUAGGCUUGGGAAAGAAGUGUGGGGUGUUUUUCUUUGCUCUGAAUCUCAUGCUCUUUGGUGUUUUUGCAUUUGCACAGUGUUUUAACCCUCUGGUCUAUGGGCUCCAGAGCAGAGCACUGAAGAGCAAAUUGUGCCCUUGGCUGUGCGGGCUGUGGAGCCGGAGCCAUGGUCAUGGGAGAAGCAGCUGGGGGCGGGCUUAAAUAAAACCUCAGCUCUUCCAAACAGUCGCUCUGGUCCUAACAGGGGCACCAGCCUGAGGCCCUGCCUUGCACUCAAUCCACACCUGGUGCCUGGUUUGGUUGGAAAGGAUUUUUGAGUAAAACAAAGUUGGCUCUUGGGCUUGCAGAACUGGCUGCUGGGCGCACUGAACUGGCCUCAGUAAAAUCAUGGCAGUGCCUGUCCUAACCCAGACGGCCUUACCCUAUCGUGUUCAAGAAUUGGGUAGCUUUUGAGAAUGCAUUGGUUUUUGAGAGACAGAAAUAAUCCAUGGUUAAUGUUGAAAAAAAGUUUGGCUAUUCCUUUUGUGUUAGGUAGGGGUAGUUUUGGCUACAUAUAACAACAUAAACAGGAAUCAACUCACCAUGGCUUCACAAAGUCAGAGACAUUUUUCUCCUGUGGAGAUCUGGGUUAUGUAAC